AUGAAGAGAAUAAGACUUUUGCCUCUGGCUUGUCAACAGCCUCUAGGACCAAUCUCCCCACUUCGUAGCGGGUUAGGGCUAGUGGCCGAUGGAUUGCGGAUUAAGUCCACUCAAGCGACAUCAUGUUUUCUAACCGGAAGACUAUGUCGUCGAAGCAAUCAACAUUCCGCCGCAGAAAUUGUCUAUCGUUGCGGAGAUGGGGUACUAUCGGACAUACUGCAUCGCGAGGAUUGUCUGAUCUAUGACACCGCCAAGCCGUACAAGUAUAUCUGGCUGACGGGAUGUAAUGAAACCGACGAUUACAUGGUCAUUGGGGGGUGUGACCAUAAAGUCGGGCAAGAAACAGCUCAACGACUUGAAGAGUUGACACGGUGGGUUCGAGAGCGCUUCUCGGCCGCUGGAGAAGUCGACUACGCCUGGAGAGGGCAGGUCAUGGAGCCGGUCGAUUACAUGGCCUUCAUUGGUAAGAACCAGGGGAAAGGCCGAACGCUCGUGGCAGACGAGAUUGAGGGAUGCGAAAACCCGUGGGCAACGCUCUACCAUCCCAGACGGACACACAGCAUCCGCAAGUCGAUUACGGGGAUGUUUGAGCAUGAUCUGCAGGUGAAUGCCCAGUACAAGCGGUGGGUGCAGAGUGAUAUAAGGGGUAUCGCGGAUAUUGUCCCGGGCGAAGGGGGAGUGCUGCACCAACAUGGGAAGCCGGUUGCUGUUUACAGAGACCAAGACGGGAACCAGCACAAGCUUAGCGCAAUCUGCCCGCACAUGAAGGGAGUAGUGUGCUGGAAUGGGGCCGAGAAGAGCUGGGACUGCCCGGUACAGUCUGUUAGAGCAACGGAAGCUGCCAACAGUAUAGACCAGGAUAUCGUGUAG